ACUCCUUUGGCUUGAAGAAGGACAUCAGAAUGGAUACCAAAAGUGCAACUUGCAAUUGCAAGAAAGACCAUAGAACAAUCACUACUGGCUUCAAAUGCAAAUGCUUCAAGUUUAAACCUUCCUCCUCCGACGCUGGGGCGCUGCGAACGAGACGCAACAUGGAUCGGGAUGGUGACUCGAGAGCGGAAAUUACUCUCCGGCCACCACUGCCUCCGACGGAGCGCCUCUCCUCUGCCUCCUCGGACGGGCGGCCGAGGAAACGUGCUCUGCUCUGUGGGGUGACUUACAAGAACUGGAAACACAAGCUACAUGGGACUGUGAAUGAUGUUCUAAAUAUGCAAGAAUUGUUGAUCAAUGAUUUUGCAUAUCCAAAACAAAACAUUCGUAUUCUUACAGAAGAAGAAACAGAUCCAGACCGAAUUCCGACCAAGAAGAACAUCCAAAGCUCUUUGAAAUGGCUGGUGGAAGGGUGCGAGGGAGGCGAGAACCUGGUGUUCUACUUCUCGGGGCACGGAUUACGGCAGCCUGAUUUCGCCAUGGAUGAGCUCGAUGGCUAUGACGAGACCAUAUGCCCGGUGGACUUCUUGGAGGAAGGCAUGAUCAGCGAUAACGAGAUCAAUGCCACCAUUGUUUGGCCUCUAAAGAACGGCGUCAAGCUUCAUGCCAUCGUCGAUGCUUGCCAUAGUGGAACCAUUCUCGAUCUACCUUACGUCUACAGCCAAAGGAACGGGUGGAUCGACAACCGACCACCGUCGGGGGCAAGGAAGGAGACGAGCGGCGGAUUGGCAAUUUCUUUGUCUGCUUGUGGAGACGAUCAAUAUGCUGCUGAUACUUCUGUGAUGAAUCGGGUGCAGAUGUUAACCGGGAAGACAAUGAAUGGGGCAAUGACAUUCAUUCUAAUAGAUUUAGUGAAGAAUUUUAAAAACUUGACGUACGAAUGUCUAUUAGAGUAUAUGCAUGACGCCGUUGAAAGGGCUAACCGAACCGGAUGCAUCGGCUAUUUCUUAUUCAAAAAGUUGUUUCGAUACAAGCAAAUUCAGGAACCUCAACUGUCAUCAUCAGAAAGGUUUGAUGUAAGCAAGAAAAUAUUUACAUUAUAAUUGCUCUUCUUUUGGCCUUUCCCACUCUAUCAUUUGUCCACUAUAAAACAAUACUUUGAGAUUGUUUAGGAACAAGUCCAAGCCUCAAAUAUCAAAAUUUACAUUUUAAAUAAACCUUUAAUACAA